CUCCCACCUCAUAUCAGUCUCUCCUUUCUGAUUCAAUCACCAUGUCUGGACCUUCGGAACCCUACAUUGGCAGGGCAGUCCCCUCCACCACUACCUUCAAGGACAACAUCUUUGCUGGCAAGGUCAUCUUUGCGACCGGAGGAGGAAGCGGAAUCGUCUACAAGAUGGUCGAGGCUGUGAUGCGCCACGGAGCCUCAGCAGGCAUCAUGGGCCGCAAAGUGGAUCGUCUCACCUCUGCCGCCCAAUCCCUCUCCGACACCACGCGUCAAAAAUGCAUCCCUACUCCCGGAGACGUACGCAAUUACGAAGACGUCGUCAAGGCCAUCGAAGCUACCGUCAAGCAGUUUGGUCGUCUAGACUUUGUCAUUUGUGGCGCUGCUGGGAACUUUCUGGCGCCAAUUGAGAACAUCUCUCCAAAGGGGUUCAAGACGGUCAUAGAUAUUGAUUUGCUCGGCACUUAUCACACGGUCAAGGCUAGCUUGGACCACCUCAAGAAGAGCCAUGGAGCUUACUUGCAUGUAUCGGCCACUCUUCAAUAUACCGGUAUACCAUGGCAAGCCGCGCCUUCUUCCGCAAAAGCAGGGGUGGACGCUCUAAGUCAGUCCAUCGCGGUUGAAAUGGGACCCUUUGGAGUGCGCUCCAACGUCGUCGCACCUGGGAUGAUCGCAGGAACAGAGGGGGCUGAUCGUCUCACACCCAAAGGAGGGGAGGACAUCAUCGCUACAAGGAUCCCGCUGCAGAGAGUAGGCGAGAAAGACGACAUCGCCAAUAUGGCAGUCUACCUCUUUAGCGAUGCGGGAGCCUACUGCACUGGUACCAAAUUUGUAGUAGACGGCGGGAGUAUGCAUUUUCCUGGGCCCUGGCUUCCCUAUCCUGACUCUUCUCUCGAUCAGCAAGGUAUCAAGGACCUCGUCAUGGGUAGCAAAUUGUAAGGAGGAAUUGGUACGGGACGCGUACGGGGUCCUGGACACUCUGGCAUGCGACAGGCGAUUGGGGCUCGGAAUGGAACCUGACUUUCCCUGUGCUGUGGCACACUCGAAGCGACUCGGCAUCUACCUCUCUUCUCGCCAGUCAGACAGGUCGGUACAGAUGCACCUGGAUGAUGAUACUUUAUAUGUAUUGAAUGGGCAAGAAGGGCAGGUAGGAGAGGCGAGGCGACAGUACGUGUAUAGAUGCAGUGGGCAGUGGACAGACCCAGGUGACGAGGCCAAGUGAGAGCUUGGGAGGGUGUCGGUAGGCUGUGGGCGUGGGUGUUGGAGGAGAAAGAAUCUGAGCGAGGUGGGAGGAAGACGGGCUUGGUUAUGUAUCCACCGCUGGAGAACAAAAGGGUGCAAAGUUACAGCGCAUCACACCCACCCGCUCGAGCAAUAUACGGCUUUCAAUAAGGUCCC